AUGGUCUCCGUCGCACGCGCGCCGCAGGCGCCACUCGCUAACGGCCCUUCCGGAGGCGCGCCGCCGCCCCCGCCCCCACCCCCCGGCGCGCCCCCGCCCGGCCAUCGUAACACAGCCGGCCACCAAAACACAGCUGGCGGAUCGCCGGGAUCUCGACCGGGUUCGCUCCCCGGAUCCCACGCGCCCUCCCCACCCCCCGCGUCCCCCUCCGUCAUCGGCAACGUCUUCGUCCAGCAGUACUACUCCAUCAUGGCGGCGACGCUGGACGAGCUGUACAAGUUCUACAACAACGGGAGCACGCUGCACGUGUGCGGCGCCGGGGUGCCCCCGCUGCCCGGGAUGGACGCCGCCGCCGAUCAGACGGUGCGAACGCAGGCGGGGAUCCACGCGAGGUUCCAGCAGCUCGGGUACCGGGGCAAGCGGUGCGAGGUGGCCACCGUGGACUCGUCGCACUCCAUCGGGGGAAGCGUGGUGGUCAUGGUGACGGGCGCCAUCGUCGGCGGCGGCGGCGGUCAAGGUGGUCUUGGUGACAGUGAGCGCCGAGCGUUUACGCAGACGUUUGUGCUCGCGCCGCAGGAGGGUGGGUACUACGUCCUCAACGACAUCGUGCGAUUCGUGGACGCGGUAGUACCGGCGCCGCCGCCCGCGCCCCGCGCCGCGCCGCCUCCCCAGGCUAACGUCGCGGCUCACGAACCGCCCGCCGCCGCCGCCGCUUCCCCCGCUCCCCCCGCGCCGUCGGCGGCGGCGGUGAUCCUCGAGCAAAUCGGCGCCGCGAAGAAACCGGAAAAGCCGGAGCCGCCGCCCGCUAAGACGACGGCGGCGCCGACGGUGGAGGUGGCCCCGAAGGAGUCUGAGGGACCGACGACGUACGCGUCCAUCGCCGCGAAGAUGCGCGCGGCGGCGGCGGCGAAGGCUCCCGUCGCCGCCAAGCCGUCUCCCGCCGCCGCCGAGCACUCGGGCGCGGCGGCGGAGCCCAAGCCGCCCGCGACGGCUUCCUCGGCGACCGGGGCGAGCGCGGGGGGCGAGAAGAUGACGCACGACCCGGUGACGGCCGUGUUCGUUCGCAACAUCCCGCAGUCCGCGGACGAGGCGUCCAUCGAGGCUGCGUUUGCGAAGAUUGGGCCCAUCGCCACCGUGACCAUUCGAACUGCGAAGAGGCAGCCGGAUGCGAAUGAUGCAACCGGAGGCGCACCAGGACGAUACGCCUUCGUUCAGUUCGAGAAGGCCGAGUCCGCGCAGGCUGCGAUCGAGGCGACCGUCGAGAUGGACGGCAGGGCGCUGAGCGUGGAGGAGAAGAGGGAGGGUGGCCACAACAACAGAAACCAGUCUACUAGCGGCGCUAGGCGAAACCAAUCUAGCGGGGGCAACAAGCCCGGGUCCCAGGCCAACGGGUCCCAGGGCAACAACCGCCGGGAGGGUACCCGCGGACCCCGUCGGGACGGCGAGGGAGGUAAGCAUUCGCACCAGGGCGAGAGAAGGCCGGGGGGUGGCCCGAGGCGGGAGGGCGGCGAUAGGAGGCAGCCCGCGAGGCAGCCCGCCGCCGCCAAGGCUUGA